AUGACGUUAGUGCCAUCAUGGACACAAGAAUGGCGACCUCUUCUCAAGCAAUUAUGUGCUCAUAUAAAUGACAAUAAUGAGGCUACUACAGAAGUCUUUUCUCUACUCUCUCCUGAUAAUCAAUUACUACGUACUGACCGUGUCCUAGAGCAGUUGUAUUCACGUUCAUUUGUCGACUGUGUGCCACAGGACGUCCACAUUCAAUUACAAGCUCUUGCUGUAAAGUUUCGUGUCCAUUCAUUGGACGAUCGAGCCGAUCAAUUAUUACAAUUGGCUGUACAAUGUGAUAGUCAAGUCCUGAAGCUUUUAUUCGAGUUGGCGACGUCACCAACGAGUGUAAAUGAGACAGACGUGACAAUUGAUCAGGCCUCGUAUAGGACGUCAAAGAAGGUGAUCAAACAAGAUCAGAUGAGACAGAAACAAGAAAAGAGAUUGACGGAUCAACUUAUUAGUGAAUUGUAUGAGAUUUCCGCUACUGACGAGUGGUAUGAGGCUUGGAACGAUAGUGACGAGGAUGAAAGUGAUUGGGAUAGACGCAGCAUAGAAGAAAAGACAGUGGACAGGAAACAAUGUGGUGAUACCCAUCAAUGCAAUGUUGAAAGGGGUGAAGAAGUUAUGGAGGAGAGAAGAACACAAGAAAAGGAUGUGGUGGCUACGUCCCUGGACUCUCGUGUGAGCAAUGUACUGAUAAGUGGUGGGACGAAGAGUGCAAAGCAGACUGCACGUCGAUUGGAGACGGAAAGAAUGCAUCAAGAGAAAGUCUUAGAAGAGGAGACAAUGCAGGACGAACUUUUACGUCGCUAUUAUCCGGAAAUUACGCUACAGGAUAAGCAGGACGAGACGGAUGACCCGACGUAUAAGUUGAACAUGAGACCGCCGGUGCCGUUCACAUUGGAACGGCCGUGGCUGCUGUGUCAAGCAGUGGUAAAACGCGAUACGAUUGGACUAAUACUCGAGGAAACCGUGGUGAGGAUGGUGUUUGAUGCGCUACAUGGGGCUGACUCGCUUUUGUUUGAGUUCCACCCGAUCACACCGACACCUUCGAUAUUCAGUAUUGAUUUUCGAACCAAAGUGGUAGAACGGUCUCGACGAUCAUUAGAUGUGGCGGUCGGACAUCUUUCCCCUUUGGCACUCCAACAUGUGCUAAGUGAUCUCGCACGAGCAGCGUCCGAGUUGCAGUUGCUACGCGAUUUGACAGAGUUUAUACGUCAAGCGCGAGACUUGAAUGAUCACCACCGAUGCGUGACCUUGGAAGGCCUAGCCAAUUCGCUGUCGGUAGUUAUUAGAAACCUAGAUGGAUCUAUACGCGCCGUAGAGCAGCAAACAAAUGCCACAGCCAGAAUACAGGAAGAAAGCCCGUGCCCGUGGUCUGGAGCUAACAUGCGGCAGCCGACUUUGCUUGGGAUUUAUGGUGGCCUCAAGGAAAUUUUUAGAAUGAUUUCUUGGUUGAAGAGGGUGUUGGUGGAAUCUUUUCAAGAAUUAUCGGGCCGGCAAUGGCACGAAGUGAAGCGCGCUGAGCAAGCCAAGUGCGUACUGGAUUCACUGUAUUACAUAACAGAGGUGGAAUACAUCGAAGGCGUAGCAGCCAAUGCAAAUACAAGCGUUGCGAAUGGAUUGUCACGGUCUGAUGUGCUGUUGCAUCUAUUUGUUGGGGCGCUGAUUCCGUACUUAGAUCGGAUCAAUCGGAUGGUUUUUGAAGCGGGUCAUUUUGAAACAAUUCCUCUGGACAAGGAGUUGUUUUUUGUUACGCAUGCAUCACUGAGCGAUGGUACUUCGCCAACAUGCGGACGAAAUCAAAGCUUUCGUGAGGGCCUCUUAUCUCUAGCUCCGUUUCAAGUAAAUCGGUCGCUCGUCCCAACGUUUCUUGAAUCGAAGAUUGAAUUGAUGAACAAAGCAUUAGCGAGCCGACAGAUAAAGAAUCGCUAUGUGCGGCACCAACAGUAUUCAGCAGAGGAAUCUGUGACAAAACCUGAUCAAGCUCGGCCUGCAUUGCACAAUACACUGACAACCGAGCUUGAGACGAUGGGAUACAGACGUAACGACGGAGUUUUUUCGAUGACUACGGCUUUAGAAGGAGGCAAUGAUGAAUCCUCACUACCCUCACAACAACUAUUACUGGAGUGCGUACCUUUUAGCAGGAUCUUGGAACGUUGUCUCACUAGACACCUCGAAAUCAAGUGUCGUGAGCUUAACGGAGAGAUCGCUGACAUCUUUCGAGACAAAAUGAACUAUAUGGAGCACGUGGCAGCUCUUCGAAUGUUUGUGCUCAUGGAACAGCAAGACGUUUUUAACGUCUUCAGUGAAAAAAUAGUGACUCAUAUGCAAGAGAACCCUGUCGCGUGGGCUGACAGUGAAGCACUAAACACAUUUCACCAAAGUGCAGUCCAAGGCGUUUUCGAAGAUAAUUUACUUUCAUCUUUGCAGCGACAAAUCGGUGGUCAGCUGUGUGUUCGUGUUGACUUUAACCUGCUCGAUAGUCGUCUCAGCGGCGCAAGGAUCGAUAUUGCGACUAUGAAGUGCAUGUACUUCACAUUUUCUGCACAACCGCCACUUCAUGUCCUUUUCAGCACAUCGAUCAUGCAGAAAUACUCAAGGCUCGGUGUGCUACUGGUCCAGGUAAAGGCUGUGGAAUCAGCUCUGGUCAAGUUCAAGUCAACACUUCGACACUGUUGCUGCUACGCAUUAAUCGAAAGGGAUGUGCUACCGCUACUCCUUCAAAUAGCAGAUAUGCUGCACUACACGAAGAGUUUGCUAAGCUAUCUUACGAGUCAGAUAUCAAGUGAAGGAUGGUCCGGGUAUCGUCGAAUUUUGCAAUCGUCACGAAGCUUAGAAGAGAUGGAUGCUACGCACGAGGAGUAUCUGGACUACUUACUUAAUCGCUUCUUCCUGCUGGAUAAGCAUGCGACGGUGAUUCAAUAUAUCCUGACGACCUUUAACCACAUCUUGCGUUUUGUUGGUCACGUUGGUGAGUUUGUCAGCGUGGUAGACCGGAACAUGCGGGCGUAUUUCCCCGAGUGCUGGAGUGGAAAUGGAAUUGAGAUGGAACAAGAAACGGAGAAAUGCACUCGCAAGGUGCCAAGUGUCCGGUUGCUAGAACAUCCCGUCUUUCGCAUCCUUCGGUCUGAAAUGACGACAAGCUCAAAGGAGUUUAAACGGCAGUCGCAUUUCCUGGUAGUCAUGCUCACAGCCAUGCAGAAGCAUGGGGCAUUACCUCAUGUGAAUGAACUUGUGACUCAGCUCAACUACAAUUACUUCUACCACCGACAAGAACACUAA